GGCCAGUUGGGCAGGCUAGAGGUUGCCAUCAGUCGGCUUUAAUUAUUGAUCGUUGGGAGGUCCCCCUAUAAAAAGGAGACGCGCCUCCUGCUCUGCUCCCUUUCAUCACUCGCCAAGAUGAGCUACGGAUCUGACUUCAAUUCCGCUUCUUCCUACCGAAAGAUGUUCGGGGAGUCUCCCCGUUACUCCAGCUCUCCAUCCCGGAUGAGCAAUGCCUCUUUACGCAGCGGCGGUUACCGGUCCCACUCUCAGUCCCGGAGCAUGGGCUCUAACCUGGGCUCCUCUUUCCACCAGAAGAGGUCCUCUGGCCGGUCCUACUCGCAGAUGCCCAUGCCGAUGGAGAACUUGGAUUUCGCCCAGAGCACGGUGCUCAACAAUGAGUUCAAAAUCAUCCGCACCAACGAGAAGGAGCAGAUGAUGGGGCUCAAUGACCGCUUUGCCAUGUUCAUCGACAAGGUUCGCAACUUGGAACAGCAGAACAAGGUGCUCGAGACCGAGCUGGUGACCCUGCGUCAGAGGCAGACGGAGCCCUCGCGUCUGGCGGACCUGUACCAGCAGGAGAUCCGCGAGCUGCGCUCCCAGCUCGAUGAGGUGAACGGCGAGAAGUCCCAGAUCCUCAUCGAGCGUGACAACAUCGAGGAGGACCUGCAGAAGCUCCGCGGCAAAUACGAUGACGAGUACCGCCUGCGGGAGGAAGCCGAGCAGACCCUCAAGGCGUUCAAGAAGGACGUGGACGACGCCACCAUGGUGCGUUUAGACCUGGAGAAGAAGGUAGAAUCGCUCCUCGACGAGAUCAACUUCAUGAGGAAGGUGCACGAGGAGGAGGUGGCCGAGCUUAUGAACAUGAUUCAAGCCGCCCAGGUGUCCGUGGAGAUGGAGGUCUCCAAACCUGACCUCACCUCUGCCCUGAAGGAGAUUCGAGGCCAGUACGAGUCCAUGGCCUCAAAGAACCUCCAGUCCGCCGAGGAGUGGUACAAGUCGAAGUUCGUUGACCUCAAUGAGCAGGCCACCCGUAGCCAGGAGGCGAUGCGCGCCAGCCGGGAGGAACUCAACGAGUUCCGGAGGCAGCUCCAGUCCAAGACCAUCGAGAUUGAGAGCCUGAGGGGAACCAACGAGUCCCUGGAAAGGCAGCUCAACGAGAUGGAGGAGAGGCACAACCAGGAGAUUGGCCAGUACCAGGACAACAUGGCCGAGAUGGACAAUGACCUGAGGACCACUAAGAGCGAGAUGGCUCGUCACCUGCGGGAGUACCAGGACCUGCUGAAUGUCAAGAUGGCGCUGGAUAUUGAAAUUGCUGCAUACAGGAAACUCCUGGAAGGGGAAGAGACUCGCAUCGGCACAGGCAUCACCUACUCCAGCCCCAGCAUGAACAUGAGGUCCUCCGAGAUGAGGUCCUUCGGGAUGAGGUCCUCCAACAUGAGGUCCUCCGACAUGACCUCCUCCGGCGACGUGGACUUGCCCAGCAUGGGCAGCUACAACCAGACCACCAGGUACACCACCAUCUCUGGAGGAUCCCAGAAGGAUGAGGGAAAGGACCAGGAGGAUGGGCAGAGCAAGUCUGGCAAGGGGUCCAACGACGGAGACCAGAAGGGGUCCAGCGACGCCAACCAGAAAAACUAGACUCUCCCCUUCCCUUAGGUUUAACCUUACACCUUCCAUCCCCUCCCUCCUACUCCCCAUCCCCCUCCCCCCUUCACAGGGGUAUUCUCAGAGAGGAAUCCGUUAUAGUUUAGACUCUACUACUACUAAUGUGUAAUUUACCACUAUCCAACAACCAAUCACUGUACUUCUCUCCACUCUACUCUCUUACUAUGACAAUAACAAAGUAGUUACAGGCACACUUCUGGCCCUAUCAGGAGACACGUAGGUUAUUGUGGUGAUAGGAACAUACAGUUCAGUACAAUACUCCCAACAGUUUACUCUCACUUUGGGCUCGCGCUAUUUUAUGGCACUAGCCUGGUUUAACCAGACUGAACGCUGCGCUCACUAGAAACAACAGUGAAACACAGCUAAAUCCUUCUGGGACGCCAGGCUAGUUUGGCACCGAGCUGUGAUAGAUGUCAUUCAGUUCAAUAAAUAAUCACGCGCUACUGCCACCGCCUAUGAUAAUAUUCUCUAUACACAUUCCAUAGGGGGAGGGUGUGUGUGUGUGAGAGUUUGAAUUUGUGCACGGAAAACAAAAAUCCAAAACAUAUCAGCUUGUUAACUGUUGUUAACACGUCUACUACAUCCACAUACUACAAUAUGAAGGGAAGCACCUGUAUGGUACGGAGGUGAGAGCUAGAGAUCGACCAAGUUGUUAAAGGAGCACACAGUUAUUCAAAGUCAGCAGACAACCAACAAGAUCUGUGAUCUUGCUGAGCCAUUUUUGCCUUAUCUACAACGCAGAUAAUAUUGCGAACUCUUGCGUUUCAAUGCAAUGCAGAAAAAUUAUCUUUAUUUUUUUUUCAGACAAAACAUCACGAGUAACAAAAUCAGACUAUAUCUAAAAGGCUUGUUCGUACCCUGGCCUCGCCACUGUCAAUAGCAUCUGCCUUGUGAUCCUGGUCCACUCAAAUCUGUAUGACAACAGCGCGUAGCUGUUUAAACUGUUCCAGAACCAGAACUCAACCAACAACGGUUCCAUCAAACGCAUAAUUACUCUCCAAGAUUGCUCGUGAUGUCAAUGAAUCAAACUUCUACAAAGGUCCAGUCCAGUCAGAAACGUGAUUUUCCGGUGUUUUAUAGAUGUUUACACACUACGAGGUUGGACUUAAUUCAGUGAAAUUGUGAAAAUGACGAUAAUGCCCUUUUAGUGUAAGCGCCGAUUGCUGUUUGAAUAGACCGCCUGACAUUUCAGCCUGAAAGUGAAACUAGCUAAUAAUCAAACUGUUAUUUGCAUGAUGUAUGUAGCAUAUCUCAAGCUUGCAUGGUGACAGAUUGUUAGAGGGCCAUACUUCAUAUUCACACACUCAUAACGUAUAGUCGGAAAUCAAUGGGAGGCUAGGUUCCACACUUCAUUGCCAGUGCUUUACAUCACCAUGUACACAACACUCGUUUUAGAACAUGAGGUUGGACGUGCUUAGUUGGCCAGUAGGUUAGACUUGAGAUGAAUGCCAUCAUUUAGACAGGAUGUGACUUCGGCACACGCUGCUGACAUUGUCCUCAGCCACGCUGCAUGGUUCUUGUGUGAUGAUUAUGCUAAUGAUGAGGAUGUCCGUCAUGACGAGAGUCAUAUUCAGGGCACUUAUAUAUCGAUCUAGAUGGGAUUUCAUUUGUACUGACGAUCAGUUUGUGCAGGCCAUGACUGGUUACAAGAAAAGGGGCAAUGGGAGAAGUAGAAAGAAAAGUAGGAGGUGUGGGACUCUGAGAAACAGGGAGAAAGGAAAUGAAACAGAGAGAGAGAGAGAGAAGAUGAGCUACCUUUAAAUUCUCUUUCUCACGACAGGCUCAAUCAAUCAAAUAGAGAAUGCGUAGGUAGCGAAUGACGUUUUAGCACGAAUGCAUGGGCUUCUACACGGUCCAAUAGGGUGUGACGGACAGAAUGGUAUGCAUAAACCCCAUUUCCCACGUUCCAUUGCGGACUCCUGAAGCUCGUUUGAAUUAACAGCGACGUCCAGCCUCCGAACAGUACCACAUCACGACACUACGCCUUAGGAACACCACAACUAACAAGCCAAACAAACAAGUAAACAAAAACAAGCCAAAAGUCCAGAAAAAUUGACCGGAUCAUGAUGCGUUUGAAGCACCAUGACCUCUGCAAAAUACGGCCGUGACGGAAUUAUUACGUCUGUAGUGAAUGAUGAUGAAUGAUCUCACCAAUAGAAAUCUGUAUGUAAGGACACUAGGCAGCCCUUUUGUUUCCUUCUUGUGCACUGUCCAGGAUUCAACACAACUACUUCUGUCUUAUUACCUCUGUUUCUUAGCUUGAGUGCCAGUCUAUUUCUGCUGUUGCCAGCUCAUUGUCUCUCAUUGACAGAGUUGGCAAGAGAGCACAAACAAAUCUGGAACUAGGCUACCUCUGUAUCUAUGUCUGUCUGGCUGGCUGUCAUGGCCCUCUAAGCCCUGACCGGCUGCUCUCACUCACCCUGCGAAUGGAAACCACUGAUUGUACAACAAACUACAGAAAGCUGUUGAUUGGUGGAGAUGUGGUUGCCGUUGUUUUACACGAGACUUGCGUUACUAAGUGUCUGGAGUUGUAUGUGUUUGUAUAUGCGGACAGUUUCCUAGGGUAACUCAUAGUGGGGAAUCAGGUUGGGAAAAUCAGAAAGUUUGGCCUACCGUUUCCUUAAUUCUUGAGCUCCAAUGUAAAGGAAAUUUACAAAGGAAAACUGGUUGCAAGUACAAGCACAGCUACAUCGACAAGUACAAAUAUGAGUACAAGUACAAAUAUGAGUACAAGUACAAGUAGCCUUGUACACAACCACAGGUAUAAGUUUAGAAUAGCUAUGACUUCAACGUAAUCAAGAGGGUCACAGGUGUCUAAAUACCAUUGCAACAAACCUCACUACUACUACUGCAGCACUGCCAAACUUUUCUAAAAUGCAUGUGCGGCAAAAACAACUUUUCGUGUACAAAAAUAGAGCUGUUUUUGAAUACCCGUUGCCACGCAAAACCAAAAACCGACAAGAAUAACACAAAACAAAACAUGGAAUGAAUGCUGGAGUGUUGUCAAAAUGCCUUAAAACACCAGCCGCUCUCUAACUGAAUGGGUCCUGACUUGCACUUCAAGUUAAACCUCCACUUAGCCUCCCAUAGAUAUCAACGCAAGUGAAAAUGGGACUUAAGUGGAAGUCGGGAUUCAUGUGCGUCUACGUGUGGUUAUGUUUAGGAGGUUUUAUUCUCAACCAUCUUCCUCUAGCGGUAAGAGCAACAGCUACCAUGCUGAACUGAAUAACUGAAAACAUGUCAACGCUUAGUAUCUGAAUGUAGUUUGAUGGGCUAUGCUCUGACUCUGUACCUUACUGCUGAUGUAUGGCACACACCAAUAAAGACUAGACGUUAUUAAGACCGUA